AUUUGAGAUUUAAUAUUGUGCUUUUUUGAAAUUCUAAUUUUUCGCUCAACACAGUAUCGCAAUUGCUCCGCUGCACUUUCGAUAACGGCCGAAAUUGAUCGAAUUGGACGAUAACCUAAUCCUUGAUUGCAUCUAAUUCUUAUUUGAAGUGCAGUUGAAAUCUAAAAUCGUCUUGCAAAAAAGAUGAAAAAUUGGUCAAAUUGGCAAUUAACCGAUAAACCGGACCGAUUUUUUAAAAGAUUGGUUCGUUAAUCCCACAUCAAAACGUCGUCAUUUUGAUCCCAAAAAAUAAAAAGCCAGCCCACACACCCCACCCCCUUCUCUCUCACAACCCAACGAACCCUAACCCAGUAACCCCUCUCUCUCUCAAACUUGAGCAGCAGCAGUGCUCACUAAACUUCAAAAUUUAGUCGCCUCUGGAAACUUUGCUUCGCCCUCUUCUCCUCUACGUCGUUGCGUCUGGCCCUCUUCUCUCUCCCACAAGCUCUUCUCUGCGUCUCUGUAUAAUCGUUCCUACUUCGCUGGUAAUUCUGUUUCGUUCCUCCCUGCCUCGCCGUCUGUUUCGCUCCUACCUCGCCGUCAGCUUCGUGCCUCCCUCGCCGCGCGGGAUUAUAUAAUGGCAACCACUGCUUGUUUCAUCAUUGUUAGCAGAAAUGAUAUUCCUAUUUAUGAAGCUGAAGUUGGAGUAGCUGCUAAAAGAGAAGAUGCUGCUCAGCUGCAUCAGUUUAUCCUGCAUGCUGCUCUCGAUAUUGUUCAGGACCUAUCGUGGACUACUAGUGCUAUGUACUUGAAAUCGGUAGACAGGUUUAAUGAUCUGGUGGUCUCAGUGUAUGUCACAGCUGGUCAUACCCGUUUUAUGUUGCUUCAUGACUCUCGUAAUGAUGAUGGCAUUAAGAGCUUCUUCCAAGAUGUGCAUGAACUUUACAUAAAGACACUUCUUAAUCCCCUGUACUUGCCUGGCUCCCGGAUCACAUCAUCCCAUUUUGACACAAAAGUCCGAGCUCUUGCUCGAAAAUAUUUGUAGAGUCCAUCAGCUAGCUCAUAUAGCAGCGAGUCUGGAUCUGACCCCUACCUUGUUCGUUUAUCGUUGUUACUCCCUACAAUAUUUGACAGCAAGGUAAGGUUUGGUGUUUCCCUGAAAUGUUUGUGUACACAAGUCAUUAGGGGAAGAUGGCUAUGUUUGUUUGCUAAGGAAGAGUGAUGUUAUGUUGACAAAUGCUGUUGGAUUGCUAGUGCUACAAUUUGUAAUACAUACUAAUCGAUCUUGUACUUUAUGAUCACAUCUUGUACAUACUAAUCAAAUAUUUUUUGUUA